AUGGCACCUCAGGCCAGAAGUUACUUCUACGGCGGGAUUCAUGAGAUCCUCAAUCAGGAGGGUAGACAUGAGUUGAAGAGAAUCAAACAAGGUACCAAUGGAUUGAACCCAAGUGAAAUCCCUUCCCAUAAUGCUCUUCUUCCCUAUGAAUCAACGGUGCAAGGUUCGGAUGCGAACAAGGAUGAUUGCUUUUCACAAAUGGAGAUUAAUUUUAAGUUUCAGUAA